AUGACUUCUAUCAAAGAACAAGAGGCUAUUGCAAGGCUUAUGGACUUUUUCCAAGAGUGGGACAACGGCAAUAAAGCUACGAGAAGUGGCAUCAUGAGAAAUUUCAUCUCCCUGAACAGCGGAAAGACAGGACCUGAAUUAGAGCAGGAGUUUUCACAGGGAGGCAGCCUGUUUUUGGCCCGAUUAACUACCUGGCUUAGGCUUUCAUAUAUGUUUGGGACGUGUCUAAGGGAGAUACUUCAGUCAAUUGCAGUUUUUCUAUCAGCUGCUAACAGCAGUCACUUUAAGAUUGAAUUUGUGGAAGUUGGCGGGAUCCUAACAUUACUGGAGAUUUUAGGUUUAAAACAGCUUAAUGAGGAACACAAAAAAGAAGCGCUAAAACUGCUUGAGAUUUUGAGCGGAGGUGGAAGAAAAUUUAAAGAGCUGGUGUGUGAAAGCUAUGGAGUGCGUGCAAUUGCAGAGUGCCUGGCAAAGUCCAAAUCUGAAGAAACUCAGGAGCAGGCACAAGCAGUUUUGGAACUGCUUGCUCAUGGAAACCCCAAAUAUCAGAAUCAAGUAUAUAAAGGGUUAAUUGCACUUUUACCGUGUUGUUCUCCCAAAGUACAACAGCUGGCCCUACAGACUCUCAGGGCUGUGCAGGCAGUUGUGAGCACAGCUCAUCCUAGUAUUGUUGAUGCACUUCUGGGAGUACUCCGGUCAAUGCAUAUGGAAAUUCAAUAUGAAGCUCUCCAGCUCAUCAAGCAGCUUGCAUCUACUGAGGUCUGCUCGGCCUUGCUGAAAGGAUUAGUGUCUCUCUUGAGACCCUCCAGAAAAGAGAAUAUUAAAGGGAAACAAGUAUUUGAUGAUCCAUCUGUGCCUCAACUAUCCGACUCUUUACCAGUAUAUAUUCAACAAGCCGCAUGCGCCAAAGCUAUAGGCAUGUUAGCCCGGGAAUUCCCAGAGUUGUGUGAAGAGCUAAUACAGCUACGUGUGAUCCAUCAUCUCUUGUUUGUCUUGGGAAACACGCAAAACGCAGAAAGCCAGAGACAAGCCAGCCUCACUUUACAGCAUUUUGUGAUGUCUUUUGCUCUUGUGGAGGAAGAAGUGAAGAAAACUAUGGGGGACACCUUGUUCCAGAUGUUUUUGGACAGUGCUGAAACAUUUUACAUGAAAAUAGACAAAGUGCAAGUUGCCAUCUUCACAUCCAACCAAGUUAACAUACCUGGAGUGUCAGAAGUCACAAAUUGAGAUGCCCCAUUCUGUAAACUCCGUGAGCUCAUGAAUGUAUUCCAUAAUAAAGCAUUAUCUGCAUUUUGUUACAACCGGA